GAGAGAGAUAAAGAAAAAGAGAGGGAAGCACUGAUGUAAUAAUCACUACUUCUACUACUCGUAACACAAAGGUGUGGACAAAAUUCGAUUAUUCCCUACUUCAGUAUUUAUUGAGAACGUAAAGGAUUAUUUUUAUGACACUCCCCUCCAGAGUCUAGGAGCUGUAGAGCUGGACCAGCGAGAUGAGGAGCCUCUUGCUUCUCCUUCUCCUCCGCAUGCCCACAGGUUCUCUGCUGAAGGUCGAUGGAUGCAAGGGAGGAAGUGUGUUCUUUAACAAGCCUGAGCAUUUUAACCUGACCUGUGACAUAAAUACUACCGAAAGGCUCCGUACAGAGGAAAACGGGAUGGUCAAAAUUGUCAGACUGGAGAAAGGAGACUCGACUUGCUUUUCGUUGAGUAACCUAGAGCUCGAAGUAAAAGACGAGUGCCCAAGACCAAUCACUCUUUGUCCUGGUCAAGGAGAGGAAGUCUCUGUACCAUGUGACUAUCCUGUUGAAUUCCAAAAAUACGACAAAUACUUUUGCAAAGAAGAAGAUACAUUUCAAUGUAAAGAAAUAUUACCAAAGACCAUGUCGAUCAAGGUCCACACAAACAAGGACUAUGGAACUUACUGGUGUGGGUUCAACCACUCAAGCAACAUCGUCCUGAUCCAAAAAGUAUGGAUACAAAAUGUCCCAGUGGAAAACCAGACCUCGGAGGUUGGUCGAAGUCUAACCUUCAAGUGUAACUACUCUGGCUCUUUGGGGGUCAAGCAUAUCUGUAGUGGUCAACUGCAAUAUUGUCGGCACAUGUUGAACACCUCGCAACCCAGAAACGGAAGGCAUCACAUGGAAGACGCAACGAACAACCACACCCUCACCAUAACUACCAAGUCCCUAGAAGAGGGGGACAUGGCUCUGUACUGGUGCUACUCCGAGAAUUCUGAUGGAACCUUAAAUAUCCACAGCAAAUUAAAUCUGACCAUCGGCACCUUCAGGGACCCAGUCAGGGAUGGGUGGUCUCUGCCGGUUUCCAUAAUGAUGGGGGUGGGUGCUGGGGUGCUGAUGGUGAUGCUAGUUAGUCUAGGAACAUGGAAAUGCCUUUCAUCUAGAAACCCAAGGGAAGGACAGAAACGAGAGGAAGUUAAUAUCUAUGAGGAGAUACAACGGCGCCCUCUUGAGCCCAAGUCCUUCUCUUCGAUCUACGUCACCGCAACCCACCCCUCCACCGCUCUUCACUACUCAACUGUUGCCUUCAAAGCGAACUCGGAUGAGCGCUGUGUCGUUGUGACCCCCAAGGACGCUGAAUACCCUGUUCUAAAGGCAGCCCCCCGCCCCCCACACGAAGCCUCCCCCACAGGUCCAGCAACCAGGAGCUCUAGCAGCCUCUCAGAGGAACAGUUGGCCAAUUUAACACAGCAGGACUAG